AUGGACGCCACCGACUCGCUCUUUCGCAUGUACGAGCCUUCUUUCCACUCCAACACGCCGCUCCUUCACCCCAAUUCCUUCUUCGAUUCUCGCACCUAUUCCGGAGACGACUUCUGCAGUUCGCAGUGGUCCUCCGAUUUCUCCGCGUUCCGCAACCCCUCCGUCCUUCCCGCCGUCUCCACCUCCUCCAUCCCCACGCGUCCCUUCGAGUUCUCCGAUCCCCGCGGGGCCGAAGUGUGGAGCCAGCCGCUGAAUCGAUGGGACUCGCAAGAACGCUCGCUGCGCCCGUCCAUUCGAACGGGGAGCCUGUUUCAAGACCUCCCGGCAGAGCGUCGCCGGUCCAAUUCGAUGAGCGUGAUGCACUCUUCGUCUUCUCUCUUCUUCCAGAACACGUACUCGCCCACGCCUCUUUCGUUCGGCUAUCUCACGCCCGCGCAGAACGCGCUUCCUCUCUCCGAGACGGACGCGCUCGACGACUUCUCGCUCGGAGAUGUCGCGCCGUUCGACGCUUCGUUCGCGACAACCGAGCCGCAGCCGGUUGCGGAGCGCAGUUUGAACGAGGGGCUUCACUUAGCGAAGCUACCGAGCGAGGAACCGAUCCACACGGGAUCGGCUUUGAAUCCGAACAGCGCGGAGUUCAUUCCGGGAGGCAAAAAAACGGGGAAACAGGGAAAUCGGGGUGGAGCGGAGCAUGGAAAGGCGGGCGUGAAGCCGCGCGAUCUGUUGGAACAAACAAUGCUGCAGCAGCGAAUCGUGGAGAAUCGAAUCACGACGUUGAAGCUUCGCGGAUUGCCGUACACCGCGACAAAGGAGGAAAUCGCAGCCUUCUUCGCUCCGCUGGAAGUGCCGCGCGAUGCGAAGGGCGAGUUGACGAUCGUGAUCGGACAGGACAAUCUGCAACGACCCAGCGGAGAAGCGUUCGUGACCUUUUCGUCAGUCGAGGACAGCGCGAAAGGACUGGAAUACCAUUUAAAGAAUCUGGGGAAGCGGUACAUCGAGAUCUUCCCGCUGUUCAAUAAGGAUUAUUAUCGAAGAAGUGAGUGGCGAGGAAGGCGUGCGAAGUAUAUGAUCUAUUGUUCCAUUUGCAACAAGUACGGACACACGAAGGAGUCGUGCGUGCUCCGCACACACUCGUAG